AUUUUCUUGAAGAAUAUUUGGCUUUAGGUCACAUGUCAGAAAAUGAAACAAUACAAAACGACUGCAUUUCAUACUUCAUGCCUCAUCAUGGCGUUUUGCGGGAAAACAGCCUCACUACAAAAUUACGUACAGUCUUUGAUUGUUCAGCUGUAACAAGCACGGGUUUAUCAUUCAAUGAUAUUCAACAUAUUGGGCCAACUGUACAAGAUGAUUUACUUAGCAUAUUGAUUCGAUUUAGACAGCAUAAGUUUGUAGUAACGUCAGAUAUAGAAAAAAUGUAUAGACAAAUUUAUGUUAACAAUAAACAACGAUGUUUGCAACAAAUAUUUUGGCGAUCACACCCCAGCCAGCCAAUUAAACAAUAUAAAUUAAACACAGUCACAUAUGGGACCGCAUCAGCACCGUAUUUAGCAACUAGAUGUCUGGUACAGCUGGGACAAGAAUGCACCAAUGAGGAUGUUCGGGAAGCAAUUUUACACGAUUUUUAUGUAGAUGAUUAUAUAUCUGGGCAUGAUGAUGAAAAAACGUUAAUACAAAUAUGUAAAGGCGUCAUUCAGACGUUAGAAGGCGCACGUUUUCAUUUACGUAAAUGGCUGUCCAAUCAACCGUCUAUCCUGGAUGAUAUUGUUAGCGAAAAUAAUACAGACGAGUUAUUAAACUUAAACAAACAUGAUUAUACAAAAACAUUAGGUUUACUCUGGGCCUGUAAAAAGGACACAUUAUUAUUUGCAAUAAAUAAAAUAUCAAAUCAGCCUAACACAAAUAAACGUACAAUUUUAUCCACAAUUGCUCAAGUGUUUGAUCCACUUGGUUUAAUUAAUCCUUGCAUGUUACAGGCAAAACUCAUAUUACAAACACUAUGGGCUAAGAAUAUCACAUGGGAUGACCAGCUACCUGCUGAUGUUGAGUCACAAUGGCACGACUUUAUUAAAUACUUACCAGAAAUUACAAAAAUAGAAAUUCCUCGUAGAGUGUUAUGCAAUUCGUAUGUUAAGGUCGAAUUGCACGCAUUUUCUGAUGCCUCCAUUAAGGCCUAUUCAGCUUGUAUAUAUCUACGCUCAGUGUCUGAAACUGGGAAUGUACAAGUACAUUUGAUACUUGCAAAGGGCAGAGUGGCACCAUUGAAGCAAAGGCUGACUAUGCCAAGGUUGGAGCUUUGCGGCGUCCUUCUCGCUACAAGGUUAACAAAAAAGGUAGUAAAUUCAUUACGUUUAAACAUUGACUCAACAUUUUUUUGGUGUGACUCAACUAUUGUGCUGGGCUGGAUCAAAACAUGCAAGUUAAAACUAAAACAAUUUGUAUACAAUAGAAUUAAUGAGAUCACUAAUAAUUCUGAUCCUAAUUCAUGGAACUACGUUCCCACAGAUAUGAACCCGGCUGACAUUGGUUCUCGCGGUCUUAAUGCAGCGCAACUUCAAUCUUCACUUUUGUGGUGGGGAGGUCCGCACUUCUUACAUCAAACAGAUGUGCAGUGGCCCACACAGCCACAAGAUGUGAAUAUUGCUAGUUUGCCAGAAAUGAAACAUCAAUGCCAUCUGUCAACUGAUGACUUUCAUUGUCAGAAUUUCAAUAUUUCUCAAUAUUUUAACAAUUUUUCUGAAUUUAGUAAAUUACAACGUAUCAUAGCUUAUGUAAAAAGAUUCAUUUCCAACUGUCAAUAUUCUCGCAAUAAAACAUCAGGUCCCUUGACUGUCACAGAACUAAAUACUGCAUUAGAAUUAUUGUGCAAACAAGUACAACGUGAUUCAUACUGUAAACAAUACUCACAAUUACUUAAUAAAGGCCCGCUGUCUCCUAAGGACAAACUUCUCAAAUUAAACCCUUUUAUUGACCAUGCAGGUAUAAUACGAGUAGGAGGUAGACUGUCAAACUCUCACUAUGAUUACAACACAAAGCACCCUAUCUUACUAGACGCAUCACAUCACAUAACUAAAAUAUUAGUCACACACUAUCACAAAAUUCUUUUACAUGCUGGACCACAGCUGUUGUUAUCAACGUUGCGACAUAAAUACUGGAUAGUCAAUGGUCGUAAUCUUUGUAGAAAUGUUACUCGAAAUUGCAUAUCCUGCCUUAGAUUUGCAGGCAAAACUUAUCAGCCUAUCAUGGGCAACCUACCUCUACAAAGAUUGCAAACAGACUACCCUUUCAGUAAUACGGCUGUGGACUAUGCUGGUCCCAUCAUGAUGGCAAACAGAAAAGGUCGUGGCUGUCAGUUGAAGAAGGCAUAUAUUGCCGUUUUUGUUUGCCUGGCAGUGAGAGCGAUGCACAUAGAACUCGUCACCGACUUAAGUUCUAAAGGUUUCAUUGCAGCCUUAAAUAGAUUUAUUGCCCGCAGAGGUAAGCCAGCUGUGAUCUAUUCCGACAACGGAACUAAUUUCGUGGGUGCUUGCAACGAAAUAGUUAGGUUUCUAAAAAAUCAAUCUAACGAUAUUAUUUCAUACGGUGCUGAAAACGAAAUUAAUUUCAAAUUUAGUCCAGCCUACAGUCCACAUUUUAACGGCGUAGCAGAAGGGUCAGUUAAAUCAAUUAAAAAACAUUUAACUCAUGUAUUGUCAAUGGCUCAUUUGGAUUAUGAAGAGAUGAACACUGUAUUGGUUCAAAUUGAGGCAAUACUGAAUUCUAGACCUCUCACUCCAAUUUCAUCUGAUCCAUCAGAUUUAGUUCCUCUUACACCAGCGCAUUUCUUGAUUGGACGAACGCUCACUAUGUUACCUGCUCCCCAGGUCGAUGAUACUCCAGUUCAUAUGCUUUCCAGAUAUAAAAGGAUACAAUUAUUAAAAACACAUUUUCGGAAUCGAUACUACAAGGAGUACGUUUCAGAAUUGCAGAUCCGAAACAAAUGGCGCACAAAUAGAGGACAACCACAGCCAGGAGAGAUGGUUCUCAUUAAAGAUGAUCGGCUGCCCCCCAAUAGAUGGCUGCUGGGACGUGUCACCACAGUGUACCCAGGCGCUGACGGCGUCAACCGGGUGGCAGACGUAAAAACUACUUCAGGAACCUUACGCAGAGCUUGGAAUAGGCUCUGUCCAUUACCAGUUAUGUUGGACCAGAAAGAUGCAUCUGCUCCAAGAGGGCCAGUUUGUUAACGAACGAAGCGGUGCCCCCCCUCUACGUGCUGCGGGACGCGCGCGCGCCGCCGCCAUCCCAUUCCGCCACCGACCGGCCGUGCGAUCGCGCGCGCCCGCUUCACACAAUUUUUGUUGGCGCGUCCAUUACGAAGGAGCCUCCGUGAUUCAAGAAAACACGCGCGGCCAUCACAAGUUGCUGCCGCGUGUUACAUCAAGAAGCCUCGUUAACAGUGACUGAAAAACAUAAGUGUACUGUUUAGCAUUUACAAAUGCUAUAAUUGUGUAAAUGAUGGGAUUUGUUGUUGUUCCCAUGGCCUGUAAAAAAUUAUUUGUAGCAAUAACGUAGAUAUAAGGUAGCUAGAAUAGAUAUGUAGCUAGUAUAGAUACUUUAUUCGACUUGAAAAAGGAGGAGGUUCUAUGUCCUACACUAUAUACUUUAUUUAUCCAAAUUGUGUAGAUGGGCGACCGAGCUCAUAGCCUAUAUCAUCAUGGGAGCUCAUCGAUACUGACCUCAUCUUGAGACAUGAGGUGGAAGUGUCUAUUGUAUGGCAUAGCGGCUGCCUCACCUUUCAAAACGGAAUGUAGUAAUACUUUCGGCAAAAAUGGGUAGAAUGGUAGUAUGCCUAGGCGGACAAGAUAAGGUCAGUGGGCUUUCAAAAAAUUGCCAAAUUGUACUCUGCAGGUACACCCAUUGUUAAGCUUAAUUAAAGUGUUUCAUUAUUACUGUUAUAUGAGUAUUUUUAAAUAACACAAACAGCAGUCAUCAUAGUUGCUUAGCACGGACACCGGUGAUCAUUGUCUAAAUCAUCAAUCAUAAACCUUUGAAUAACGAAAGCUAAUUUGAAUAAAAGAAACAAAGCGCUUUUAACGUUAAUCUGUUUUAGUGCUAUCUUGUGCAGCGGCUGUGAAUACAUCGGUAAUUAUGAUUUUUAAUUGACAAAUAAAAUAAUGUCCAUGUCUACUAAUUUAACAAAGGCUACGUGUGAUUCGCUCCAGUAACUCAGCGCUCGUGCUCAUAUUGUUACUUAACAUCGCCUCAUAAUACACUCGCACCCGGCGCUCAGCCUCCCAGAAAGAAUACUUAUAACGCGGACUUGAGAUAUAUUAUACAUUUGAAAAUAUUAAUUAGUCUUUAGUUCUGUACUGUUGAAUUGAAAACAUAUAAAUGGUCUAAAAAAGCCUAACGCUCAUUGUCGAGCGGGGGCCAGGGAGGCGGAUCUCGCCCAAGCCCUGGCCCUCUAAGUGUUUCGGGUCCCCCUCACAUGUCGGUCUGGGGACCGGCGAGGGGGGCCUAAGAAGACGACGUGCAAGCUGCUCUGCACGCGUUUUACGCAAGAGCAUCCGGGUGAUGGAAGGCCGGCUAUCCUCGACCCACGCUGGCUCUGGCCCAGCGGGGUAUUCCGUGGGGUAACCCACUCUAACCGGCGCCAUCUAGGCGGGCUUCGGACAGUCUGCCGACCGAGAGGGCUGGUGGUCGUGGCGCCGACGACCGCCAGUCCGGCGUCCCGAGGGGGAGGGUGAUGGGAGAGAUGUGCUCCGCACUAAACGCUUCACUUUCCCCCCUUUGCCUUGUCAUGAGUUCUGUCUCAUGCGAGGUUUGGACGUUGGUUGUUGAGCGACAGGAGGUUUUAGUCAGUUCGACUCUGACAUACCCCGCCCAGUAUCCCCAGAAAAGAGCGGAAGUCCGGCGAUUUCCUCCUGACCAAAAAAAAAAAAGAAAGGAGAGUCUAUUCUUACCAUGGGAAAUGUAUAGACCAAUAAGCCACGAUGACAUUCGAGAGAUUAAAUUAGUGAGGUUAACUAUAUAAAAAAAUCUGAUGAAAAAUGUCUCAAGUUCUAAUUUACGGUACCCUGACUUUAAACCCACACAAGAUAUUUUUGGCAAGUAAAAACUUCUAUAUAUAAACAGGAAAGUGAAAUCGUUUCUCUUACAUUACGACUAUUAUCUCCUAGCCAAGGCGUUCAUCAUGAAAUUGGUAGCAGUAUUCGUGACGGUAAUUACCGCGGUAUCAGCAGGCCAGGUCUACAUAAACCAACUGGUUGACCAGGCCCUCACUCAGCCCGACUAUCCCUCAGGAGUCUAUCAGCAGGAAUACCCCGCGUAUCAUCCGCAGCCGUUUGUCCCUAAUCACCAGCCGGAGAAGGAGGCCAGGAUCCUGAGCUACAUGUCCCAGAAUCACGGUCAUGCAUAUCAAUAUGCUUACGAGUCGGAAAAUGGCAUAAAAGCACAAGAAGUUGGUCAAGACGAGGGUUCCGGGAAAAAAGUCCAAGGCUCCUACUCGUACAAGGGUGACGACGGUCAGGUCUACGAGGUGUCUUACAUUGCUGAUGAGCACGGCUUCAGGGCUGAAGGCGCUCACCUGCCGACGCCUCCGCCUAUCCCAGAAGCCAUCCUGAAGGCUUUGGAGACAAACGCGAGAGAUGAAGCCGCUGGUGUUUUUGAUGACGGUAAAUACCAUGAAGUUACUUACGGAGCUGCUAGCUACAAUCCCCAUUCAUCCCAAGGUCAAAUCGAGGAGCAUCAAAUCAACCCAGGUCAAGUCCAAGACCACCAGGUCAUCUCAGGUCAAAGAAUAGAGUCUGCUUACCACGGAUAUCAUUGAAGGCUAACAUUUAAGUCAUUAGUUUUUUAAGGUUAAUUUAUGUUAAAAAAAGAAUAAAGCUAAGUAAGCAAA